AGGAAAUUUACCACUCCUUUUAGAACAAACUGCACUUUGUCAGAAGGAAUCUGCUCCACAGGCAAAAGAGGAAUUUGGUUUGAUUGUUGUUUUUAUGUGAAAGGUGGUUUUAUUACUGAAGAUGGAUAAAAAAAAGAAACGCCUCUUUCGGAACUUCAAUCUGAAGGCUAGGUUAAACAACCUGAAGAUACCAAAUAAGAAAACACCCAGCAAGCAGAGAGAGAGGCUGGCCUACCGACGUAGUUUAUCUGUACCAGACCUGACUCUGCUGCCAGGAGGGGAAAUGUAUUCAGACAGCGCACUGAAGACCACGGGUUCUGAAGCUAUCUUCUUUGGCACCUCUUUUGGACAGAGUGAAACAGAUUCCAUUUCAAGUGACUCUGCCACUCAGUCUUUCACAGAUAAACCAAUGGACUCAGUCUCUGACACAAAGCGCAAAGAUCUCACAAGUUCCAGUCCUGCAUCUAAGAACAGAAGAAAUUUACCUGACAGGCAACCAUCUGUCAGUGAUGAACCUGAUGGUGUCUUAGAUUCUGACUCAGAGAGCCAGAUGGCCCUAAAUGGAGAACAAUUGUAUGCACAAGCACAUGAAAGAGCCUACGUUAUGAAAGAGGAUCCUGUUAGAUUUACUUUUGACCCUAUUCCUGCACCAAGAUCUAUUUUUACCAACAUACAAACACCAAAACCUGAUGCAGCUGAGACAUUUGAGACACCUGAAGAAACUUCAUCAUCUCUAAGUCCUAUUUCUGCAGCACUGGCCAGAGCAAGCUCAUUUGGAGAUCAAGUGAACACUUCCACAGAAAAAAACACAUUUGAGGAGAAAAAACUGGUUGUUCAAAAACGAACUCAGGCAAUAAUAAGAGAAAAGUGUCCUACAGAUAGGUGGUCUCUACCAUUAGACACGACGCAGCCUUCAGUUGAAAGUGGAGAUGAGUCGCCCUCUGGUACACCUAUCGAGGAGCAAAUCAUGGCCUGGACUGCAGAGUUGGAGGACAUGGAGUGUGAGCGCUUCUCAAGACAGAUCAUGGAUGAGACUCUGCCUGACGAUGUCGAGUCAGAGGAGGUGUCCAGUGAAAGAUGCAGCCUUGCUGAUGAUGUGCAAGACCCUUCAGAGAGCUGUCAGGGUUCAACCCCAGGGCUUGAUAUCCAGGGGCUCACCACGUCCCAGAGAUUCCUUCUCAGCAUCAACUUAAAGGAGGGCAGGAACCUGGCCAUCACACGCAAACGCUCCGGUUCCAGUGAUCCUUAUGUGAAGUUCAAAUUUGAGGGAAAACAGUUUUACAAGAGCAAAGUCAUUUAUAAAACCUGCAGUCCACAGUGGAACGAGUCAUUCUCCUAUCCGCUACCAGAUAGAGAUCACGCCGUGGAGGUUCGGGUCUUUGACAAAAAUCUGACCGCUGACGAAUUCAUGGGUUCCACUAGUAUUUCCCUGAAAAAUCUUGAAAUGUACAAAACCUACGAAAUGGAGUUGACGCUUGAAAAUCCAAAAAGUAAGGAGGACGACAGCGGUGUUAUUAUCGUUGAUGUGUGCAUAAUGUUUCGAGAUACCACUCUCAAAAGAAGCCCUAAAUGGCCACAAAAGAAGAAUAAGCAUAACCAGGUGCAGGCGGUGGCGCCGACCCAACGCUUCUCCGAAAUCCAGAGGAAUCAGAUGAAGAACCAGAUGUGGAAUGGGGUGCUCUGUGUCUGCCUGGUGGAGGGACAGGACAUGCCACAGUGCAGCGAAGGCGACUUAUACGUCCGCUUUCGACUGGGAGAUCAGAAGUAUAAGAGCAAGAACCUUUGCAUUCAGGCCAGUCCUCAGUGGAGAGAGCAGUUUGACUUCAAUCAUCUUCAAGAGCGUCAGGAACUUCUGCAGGUGGAGGUGUGCGCAAAGAGAGGGAGGAAGAGCGAGGAGUCCUGGGGCAUGAUUGAGAUUGACCCGUCAAGACUUCGCCUUAAUAAGAAGCAGUUUUACAACAAUGUGCUGAACCCAGGAAAGGGCAGGCUGGUGUUUCUGGUCACCCCGAGACCCUGCUGGGGGGUCUCUCUGUCUGACAUCCAAGCUGCUCCGCUGGAACAGGUUGAGGAAAGAAAUGCAGUAGAGGAGAAAUUUAGCUUAAAGAACUCAUACAGAAGUGUGAAGGAAGUUGGCUUUCUUCAGGUCAAGGUCAUAAAAGCGUCCGAUCUUGCUGCUAAAGACCUCUAUGGAAAAAGUGACCCUUUCUGUGUUGUUGAGCUUGGCAACAGCAAACUUCAGACUCAGACAAUAUACAAGACCCUUAAUCCAGAAUGGAAGAAAGCUUUGACAUUUCCAGUUAAAGACAUACACGAUGUGUUAGAGUUGACUGUCUUUGAUGAGAAUGUGGACAAACCUCCAGUGUUUUUAGGGAAAAUGGCCAUUCCCUUGCUGGCUAUUGAGAAUGGACAGGAGGUAUGCCUGUCCCUGAAGAAAGAAGACUUGAAACAUUUAUGCAAAGGGACCAUCACACUGGAAUUGGAGGUUAUCUAUAACCAAAUCAGAGCAAGUGUUAGAACCUUCCAACCAAAGGAGAUAAAAUUUACAGAAGAAUGCCCAAAAUUCUCCAAAAAGAUUCUUGCCCGGAAUAUAGCUCGGGUUCGAAAACUCAGCACAGCAGUUCUGCACUCGUUACAGUACAUUAAAAGCUGUUUUCAAUGGGAGAGCACGCAACGGAGUCUAAUAGCCUUUCUGGUGUACAUAAUAAACAGGUGGCUUUGAGCUGUGGAGGCCUUCUGCUGGAGAGGCAAGCGUGCUAACUGCUUCUGCGGUUUGGUUUGUUCACAAGCGGGGGGGGGGGCGGGUUACAUUUGAAAUUUCUUGAACAUUCCAAUUUUCAUUUUCUGUAGACCACGAUGAAGAAAAGAAGAUCAAACACUACAUUUUUGUAACUUUUUGCACAAUGUGAUAUGCAUCCAUCCACCAGUGAGCAUUCUUUGCUCUGUGUUCUACUAGGAGGAAAUUUCCUCCUAGUAGAACACAGAGUAAACAGCAGUGUAGAUAUUGCCAAAAAUUAAUUAUGUCUUUAAGUUUGUUUAAUAAUAGUAUUUUUUUUUUUAUCUUAACAGUAAAACAAUUUACAAGUUUAAUGUUACUGUGUGACCCUGCAGUCGGCGAAGUUACAACAAAGCUAUUUAUUUUGCUGAUGUUUUUAUUUAUAAUCUGAGAUCAUUUGGCAGCCUUAAGAGUCUGGUGGUAAGCGUGCCAGUCAGUAGUUUGGUUGGUGGACUGCACCGCCCCCCCUCCUCCAUUAAUCAAUUUACUGGAUGGUAGGAACCCUUAUAGAGGGUGUUUUUGUCCCUUUGUUCCUGCUCCGAUCUCUUCUCCCUCUCCUGGGAGAGUGUGGGUGGUGGGAGCUGCCAUGCUUGCUCAGCUUUAAGUUAUUUUAUUCACACUUUUAAUUGCUGAGUGCUUUAUUAUUAGGUGCUGGAUUGUGCUGGCCAGGGGAUCUGCAUGCAAAGGCGCAGGAAUGCAUUUAGUAGAAUCAUAUUAAUGGCACAAUAAAACAAACCUGUCAGGCUGUUCUUAACCCCGCUGGCAGAACUGCUGUGCCCAGGGUUGCCCCCUUCUCCAAGCGCUUACAGGUGGCUAAGGAGAGUGCAUCUCCAUCAUCUACUCCACCGUGUGCUAAUAGUUUUAUUAAUCCAUUCUUUUUUCCACUCCCUAGGCACCCCGUGCAUAAUCAUACGGACAUUUUUCAGCUAAAUGGUGUUUGUCAAGGGAGGGUUCCUACAUUAGAGACACUCUUCCCAGACAUACAUACUAACACUUGUUCAAUUACAAGUUGUUCGUUAUCCAAUUCUACAGUGUGCAAACCUAAAUGCUCAUGUAUGUCAUUAAUUACUACCUUCUCCUCUUGCUUUUCUUUGUCGCUUUACGUCUUUUGUUGGCCAAAUAAAAGACUGUUUUAGUGCCCAAGCAACAAAUUAGCAUUUUGCUGAAACGUACGCUUUACUUGUCACACCUAAUUUGUUGACGGUAAAAAAUACGCAUUCAUGAAAUCAAUACCGAAAUAGAGUCAACCUUGAUGGCAAUUAAAAUCUGGAUUAUUUCUUAUAUGAGUUUACAGUUACAUCUAAAAUGUUGCGUUUUGUCCAACAUGUCCCUGAAAUCACUUAGAUUCUUCAUAAUAAAACAUAAACCACUUACCGGGGAAUUAGUUCUGUCUAUUUCACAGAACCUCCGGAGAAUGCGGAGACAAGAGAACGCUGGAAUCCUGCCUCUGCUCAUUACUGUUGGGUAUUUGACGGUGAAAGUCUUAGUUUGCGCACCUGAGUGAAGGAAUCUGAGAGUUUUUACCAGCUGUUUCUCUCCAUCAUUUUUUAUUAGCGUUUUAAAAAAGAAGCAUGUAAAUUCUGAACACAUGAGCUGACACACCAUGAGGGAAGAAUUGAGAAGAUAGUUCUGACAGAUUUGGUUUAUACCCUCAUUUAAGCUCUCAGGUUUAGACACAAGGCAUUGUAUUUCUGUAGGCUUUUAUCUUGUCCACUGAGCCAGAACAUGGCAAGCAGAAAUUUGCAUUAGUGGGCGAUUAUGAAUACCUGUGACAGAUUCUCUCUGCCGGCUCCCUGGGCGGAAAUGAAUUGGCUCCCUCUGUUGACUUGCACAGGAAGACAGAGACCAAGCAAUUAGACUUUAGUGGUUAAUGUAGCGGCUUUUGCAGGGAGGGCAAGGAGGUUCAACAUUCCUGCUGUGCUCAUGUCAGUUUCCAGGCACAUUUUCCCCCCAGUUUCUUUUCCUUUUUUUCUACAAAUCCCGUGAAUAUGACAAGCUACCUGUCCGCCAGCCAGCUGAAUUCCUCUGGGGUGAGAGGAGCGUCGCUUUAGAAUCACCUCAUGGGAACUGAGGUGACAACACAUGACGUAGGUUAUUCAUAACAGAGAGGAGAUGUACUGCAGCUACUUCUGCACAUCAUGCAUAUUCAUUGUUUACCUUUUAUUCGGAAUUCCCAAGCAGUACUAGUUUGUGGCUGCACUCCUACCCCAAAAAUACAACACAUUGUUUGUUUCUUAACCAUGAUAAGCCCUUUCCGUGUCUGCGUCGGCUUCUGCUCAGUCACAUGGGUAUUGGUAUUGAACGGUAACAAGCGGUGCAGCGGUGAAGCCCAGGGCAGUUAAGCCAUCAUGUUGUUUGCAUUACUCAUGCUUCACGUUUCCCUGGUGGCUAUUUGAACCUAGUGCUGGUGUGGCAGUAGGUAGACUGGCCCCCGGAGCGUCGUGCUCGGACUCUACGUGGUUGCUGUGACAGGAGCAGCCUGCUGUUUACAGCAGGCCUGCUGUUAAGGCCUUAAGGCCCCCGUGCCUCACGUCCUGUCUCAGGCUUAACUUGAACAUAUUGUUCUGCACCAUGCCGCCUGCAGCUCUUUGAGCCCAGACUGUGCAGUGAUGCACAGUGCUGCUGCUCCUGCAUAGGAUGUCGGUAUAAUUAUAAGGAAACUUUUUUGAAUAACAAGCUUGAAUAACAUGUUCUUAUAAACACAAAUAUAACUCAUGCAUACGAUUGUCAACUAUGGAAAUGUUGUGUAUAUAUGAGAAUGAGAUAUAAUCAGCUCCAUAAGGUUUUUUGGCUCUGUGUACCACCCAAAUGGAAGUGAAUUUAAAAAAAAAUCAGAUCAUCUUUAAAUCAAGGGGUUUAACACAAAUAUCACAUUAACCAGUUCAGAAUUGUAUUCAUUUUUAUACACAGUCCCUCCAUUUUCAGACCCCUGGACAAAAUACAUAUAAGGACUUUUAUUUAUUUAUUUAUUUUGAACAAAAAUCAUUACUUUCACACCCAGUUUCAUUUGUCAAGUCACAGGAUAGAUUUCCGUGUCAGUGAAUAUGUGUUGAACUUCAUUUACAUCAUUCAAUAAGAAAUACAAACAGGAUAAUACUGUAUGGUAACUCUGUCUGGAGCAGGUAGUUCUCAAAAACCGAGUGAACGUGCAAGAACGUGACUAGUGAGAGAAGCCACCAAGACGCCCAUGCCAACUCUAACAGAAUAACAGGCCUCUUUCACUGCGACUGGAGAAACUGUACAGUGCUUUUUGUUUGUUUUUUUUAGCAUCGUGUUAUACAGUUUGAUGGUGGAGUGGGACAGAGAAGGAUUUUCUUAAAAAGAAUAGAAAUAUAAAAAUUUGGCUAUAGUUGUCAGAAGACACAUUUGACCUGUUGAGGUUUCAAAUCCUGCAAAAUCUCACAGAACGUUAAGAGAGUUCGCCGCUCUGCGAGAUGUCCGUAACAUUGAGAAAUGCACUGAGACGCUUUGAUGAGGCAGCACUUUAACCACACGGACAACAGCAUAAAUAUCGCAACAUAAAACUGUUUGUAUAUUGUGCCUAAAACUCUUGUGAAUAUAUUAUCUGGGUCUUUAGACAUUGUUAGUGUGUUUCUUUUAUGUAAACAUGCCAGAAGCUCAGCUUGUUUGUCCGGUUAUUUUCAAUGGGAUUUGCUGUGAGCUGCGAUCGCUUCCUGUUCAUGUCGUUCUGGGGGAAAGUGAA